GUUCUGUCACAUUUUUCUUCGGUUUUCGGCUCCUAGGUUCGGACAGGAACGGGUAACGAUAUUUCCGGGAAGGUUUUACGAUGUGCCGUUAAAAGUGGUUUUUUCGUUUCGAUUUGUAAGAAAUAUAAGUUAGUUGUAAUAAUAACACAGAAAUUAUCAAUGGAUUGUUGAAGGUUGUUUAGUCUGCGAAGGUUGGAUGGGCGUAGCCGUUUGGAAAUGGCUGGCCAACGACGAUAACUGCGGCAUCUGUCGGAUGGCCUUCGAGGGUUGCUGUCCGGACUGUUCGCUACCCGGGGACGACUGUCCGCUCGUUUGGGGCGCCUGCUCCCACUGCUUCCACAUGCACUGCAUCGUAAAGUGGCUCAACUCCCAGGCCAACCAGCAGUGCCCGAUGUGCCGGCAGACCUGGAAGUUCAACGACAAGUAAUCGGGGGCCGUAGUGGAAGGUUUUUAUUAAUAUUCCUAGAUCAAUUUUCAACGGGACAAGUGAGAUUUUUGGAAGGCAUAAACAUACUUUGAACAAGAAUAGCUUAAGGGGCUCACGCGAGCAGUGAAAAGUUCCAUCGAAACAACAAGUGUUCAAAAGUAGAAAAUUGUCGGAAAUAGGCUAGUGCGUGAAUUAGCGGGAAGUGAAUUUAGGUGUGUAGGUUUUUUUAGAAGAAUGUAAUGGUGAUUUCAAGUUAGUGUUGGUUCUUAAAAAUCUACUGAAAAGGAGUGUUCAAUUUUACUAGCUAGCUCGAGCUGGAUUACACAAGGUUUCUCGCACUAUCGAUUUCGUAACCCAUUAUUCAACAAAACAGUGCUGAGCAUUACACUGACAACGAGAUUUUUACUACAACUAACGAUACUAGCUACGAUCUACAAUCAACGACAUCUUUAAGAGGUCAACUCGUGAUUUACCGACCUCUCGUCAAUUUCGAGCGCAUUUUUACUCAG